CGACAGUCGUGCUGCGUCAGUCAGAGUGAGAGGACGGUCGGCACUCACACACCCCCACACACACACGCGCGCGUACAUCUCCCGACUGUUAUAGGUUAAUCACAGGAUGAGGAGCUUGUUAACGCUGGUGACGGCAGCCCUGGUGGUGAGCUGCCUGGCGGGGCCCCACACACUACUGCAGCAGGACACAGGAGGAGGAAACAGCCUGCACCCGGUAGAGGCAGAGGGCGUGGUGGAGGUGGAGAACACGGUACUUGUCCGCACUAAACGACAGGAGGAGCAGCCGGAGACCGUAGGAGAGGAGACCAUCCCCGAUGAACCUCAGCCGCCUCCACCAGCAGCCCCGGAACAGCCGCCUCCACCCGCAGCCCCGGAACAGCCGCCUCCACCUGUAGUCCCAGAACAGCCGUCUCCACCCGCAGCCCCGGAACAGCCGCCACCACCCGCAGCCCCGGAACAGCCGCCUCCACCUGUAGUCCCAGAACAGCCACCUCCACAGCCCCCACCACAGCCGAGACCUCCACCGCGGCGCCAACGACCAGCUGGCACUAAUACCGGAGGUCCUGGGGCACAACAGGGUGGCGAGGAAUCAACACCAGCAGAACUGUGUGACUUCGACAGCAGCCCCAACGAGAACCUAUGUGACUGGACCAACCUGAAGGUGACGCAGCUACAGUGGCAGGCGUCCGUUGGCAAAAACACCUUCUGGCUAGGUGGCCCCAAGGAAGAUGUAUCCUAUGGCGACGACCUCGGAGGAUACGCGAUGUUCGAGACCUCACAGAUCCCACAGAGGAACACCGGGCAACCUACCUUCGAGUCAGCCAUGUUGAUGUCCCCCGUGAAGGAGUCUACAGGCCCCGCCGGCGUGUGUGUUAAGUUCUGGUACUCGAUCGCCGGCCUCAGCCCUGACCGCCUCCGUGUUCUGCUCCACACUUUGGCCGACAACACGAGCCUAACUGACCCCGUGGACCAGAUGAUGGUUGGUUAUGACGGCAGCGAGGACGUGGUGCUGUGGGAGGCGAGAGACAUGACCAUGGGCGAGUGGAAGGAAGGUCAGGUCGUCUACACCUUCGACAAGAAACACUCGGUAAUCUUCGAGGGCAUCCCAGUAGACAGCAGUGCCCUCAGUCGUAGGUUCCGUGGCUACAUCGCCUUGGAUGAGCUGACCUUCGCUGAAUCAAGUCAGUGUGGCGCCUUCUGUACCUUCGAGGGCGGCACCUGUGGUUGGACUCAGGACGCUAAUGACGACUUCGACUGGACGCAGAGUCGAGGCAGCCUAAACCCAUCAACAGGACCACCCCGAGACCGCUCCUCCUUCGCCAACGACGGGAAGAUGGGAGGGUACGCCUUCAUCAACUCCGGCUACCCCAGGAGGCCAGGAGACAGGGCCAGACUCAUGAGCCAGGAGUUCCAGGGCACCAACCCAGAUAGUCCCCUGUGCAUGCGCUUCUGGACCCACAUGUUCGGCAACGGGAUCGGUACCUUACGUGUCAUCAUCUACGACGUGAACACCGCCAAAGAUAAAGUCAUCUGGCAGAUAUCGGGCGAGGCUGGCAAUGCUUGGUACCAGGGCCAGGUGCCUAUAGCGUCACCCUCCCCCUUCAAGAUCGUGUUCGAGGGCGAGGUGGGCCAAAACAACCUGGGCGACAUUGCCAUCGACGACAUCUCCAUCGUCCAGGGCCCUUGUCCUAGCGCCCCCCAGGUAGCAGCAGACAAGAGUGGAGACUGUACCUUCGAGGUGGAUGAGUGUGGGUGGAACAGUCCAGGCCCCCGGGAGAGGUUAGAUGAGAUUGACUGGGUGAGGACGGUGGCCGCCGACAACCGCUCCCCCACCAGGGACCACACCAUCGGUACCCUGCAAGGAUCAGCCGCCCACAGCGCCACUGCACAAGACCAUGGGUUCUACAUGACGUUACCGCGCGGGACAGUGCAGCGAGGCGGCGACCGUUCUUGGUUGGUCUCUAACACCAUGAAAGGUUCUGACGACCCUAUGUGUGUUGCUUUCUGGUAUUUCAUGUACGAGCCAUUCAUCGACCCGUCAGGACCCUCGCUAGGAUCACUGCUGGUGUACACACGCUACGAGAACGAAGACGGUGAGUUCGUACUACAGCCGGUGUGGUCUCUCAAGAACCAUCAAGGACCCAACUGGAUGUACGGCCAAGCUAAAGUCCAGAACAAGAAUGAUUAUACGGUGGUGUUCGAGGGAGUGUGGGGCAGCAGCCGAGGUAACGGGUUCAUGGCUCUGGAUGACAUCACUCUCUUCGCCGGCGGCUGCUCCACCAAGCCGGCGAAGGCGAUGACGACGGGCGGGGACUGCGACUUCCAGCGUGACGCCUGCCUGUGGAAGAACGUCACCACCGACAGUGACUUCCGCUGGACCACCGCCUCCAUCUCCCGCCGCCCUGCCAACCUCCCUGACCACACCUUCAGCGGCCCAAUCGGUUACGCCUACUUCGACGUCUUCAACCAGAACGCGAGACCCCAGAGCCUAGGCCUACACUCCCCGCCGAUGGACAAGAGCGCCGACAACUCCCCCAUCUGCCUCACCUUCUGGUACGCCUACUUCGGCGCCAGUGAGAGCACCAUACUCAAGAUAUCCAGGGAACCGUACAACAAGGAGGUGGCGGAGGGCGAGAGGGUUGGCGAACCUGUGGAGCUGUGGGUCCUGGAGGCGAGCAACAUAGGGACCCGGCGACCUGAGUGGCAGUUCGGGCAGGUGGAGGUGGACGCUUCAUCAGACUACCGUGUGUCCAUCGUCGGUAUGGCCAGCAAUGGAGGCUUUGCUAUCGAUGACAUUAAGACCUACAUGGGCUCCUGCGGCAUUCGUCCCGCUGAGGCCAACCCAACCACUACCACGGCAGCGGAACAGCCAGCAGCCACCGAGGUGUAAAUACAGUGAAGGAAGUGGGCUGUGAGGGUGUGGGUGGGUGUCUGGUAGGUGUAAACUGGUGUCAAGUGUUGGCGCCACGAACCAAUCAGCAUCAGGUUAAGGUGCUCCCAACCAAUCAGCACCAAGAGGCCACCACCAGCCAAUCACCACCAAGGAAAGACGCCACCAGACAAUCACCACCAAGGAAAGACGCCACCAGCCAAUCACCACCAAGGAAAGACGCCACCAGCCAAUCACCGUCCACCUAUAUAUACCCUUCACCCUAAAAAUGUUGUGUUUACACCUGAACCAAGACAAUUCUUAACUUGUGAAGAAGAAAGAGAAGAAACUUAUUGAAAACUAUCAGUAAGUUUUUGUCUUCUUCAAAACAGCACAGGGUCCAGAUCCUUGAAGAUACGUACGCUAAAAAUAUUCCCUUGUCACUGGGAUAAUAUAAUAUAAAACUUCUAUUUAACGGACAAUAUAGAGGGGAAAGUCUGUUAUUUCUAGGGUAUGUUAAAUAUGAAAUCUCCAUCUAACGAACUAUAUUGAGAUGAAAGUCCGUUAUAUCGAGGGUCUGUUAUAUACGAAACCCACAUAUUUAACGGAUUAUAUAUAGAGAAGUCCGUUAUAUAGAGGUUUUACUGUAGUUACGAUAAAAUCCCACUUCAAUCUCUUUCUUAAGUCAUCAGGGUAUCGUAAGGGCGUUAGGCUAAUGAGGUAAAACAGGAAUAAUUACCGUACGAUUUUUCAAGACUUAACCUUUGUAUCGUAGGUUAAGUGAGCAAAGGUAGAUGCAUUCUCUCAUCAUCAGGUAGAGAGAAUACACACCUAUACUGAUCUUAAUUAAUUAUUCACCUGCUGUAAACUAAAUACUGUAGGUAUCAAUUAAAAGCUUUAUUUCACCUCAGUUAUUACCAACCAAAGAUUAACUUGUACAAUUACAUAUAUGUCUUUUGUUAAUACAGCACGAUUGAAAAAAAUGCAUCUUCAAUAAUUCACAAAGUAUUAUUUACUUUCUAUUGACGGGGCAUAUAUUUAAUCUAAGUAGAACAGGGUAUAUAAUAAUGUAGAUAUAACAGGUAAUUAUUAUAUCGUUCAUUAAUUACAGGUGGACAGGUAAUUUUCCACUACGCUAUGUUCUACAGUAUAGGUUUGACAAGAAUGGCAUUAGUGAGUAGAGGAGACCUGAAGGUUCUAUCAGUACAUCACCUCCAGUUGACUAUAAUGAACGUACUAGCUAGGGGACAUAGGGGGGUACAGGGGGAUUAUAUGGGGGGCAAAGGGGAAGAAGAGAGAACACAGGGGAACAAAGAAUAGACAGAGGGAACACAGGAGGACAUAGGGAACACAAGAGAACACAGGGCACAGAACACAAGGGGGCCUCAGAAGAACAUAACCUAACCUAAACUAAACCUAACCUAACCUAGUGUACGAAGUUAAUGUCACAAUAUAAGCAAUAAUAUACAUAGAGUUAAAACACACACACACACACACACACACACACACACACACACACACACACACA